GAAUUGCUAUAUUGAAUAUCACGCGGUUAUGAGAACAUAGACAUCCCCAUUUCUAAAACUCACUCGACCAAUGGGCCACGCGUAGGCGUUCAGCGAGACAGGAGGCCUCCCGGACCAACACGACAAAUAUUUAAACAAUCUCAUUUUCACCCAUAGUUGAAUGGUAGAUCUUCAGAUGGUUUCUUAGGUAUUUGGUCAACGUUUAUACAUCACUCUAAACGAGAAGUGUAAACCUUUAAAAUGCCACAGGACCGAUUAGCAAAUACUUGACACUUGUCGAUAUCUUCAGGCCACCGAUUGGAACCCAGAAUAUUGUCCAGUAAAUUCUCAGGGACGAUUCGAACGACGAAUGAUUAACUUACGUCACAAGUGAAUGAAAAGAGAUGAUACGACUGCAACAUUAGCCCCUUUACACAACUUCCUAAAAGGUAUGAGCAAGAAGCGAAUGCAAAGUCAUACAGUCUAUCUUGAUUUUGAUUUGCAAAGAAGUAAACUUUAUUGAUUGGUAUCAGCCUCUACACGACCACUUGCUAUCUAAUUGACACUGACUUCAUCUUCAACAACCCAAAAGCACUUGAGCUGUGCACGGACCAUUUUAAACACCCUCAUAAGGGUUUGAAUAAACGUCAAACGACCUUUCAAGGGACUUACAGACUCGAGGAAUAUAACUCGGUGGUUUCUCGCUUUUCCAAGGAGUGUACCGGUACGGGUUUAGCGGGUAGGGUCGAGGAAAUCUUCCUGCAUGUGCCGCAGGGGACAUCUCGCCAAUCAGCUUCUAGCAUAAUUUUCGACUCAGCACCCAUAAAAGCUGGAACACCCUCCUCAUCUUGCCCACUUUCUCUUACACUCCUUCACCUACUUCAACUUCAUCAAAAUUGAUCUCACAAUCAUCAGCAAAUUGAUUCCACACACCCCGGACAUUCAAACAAUCCUUGAGGAAUAUUAACACGUGAGUAACACUUGGUACCCUCGCUCGGCUUGAUCAUCGCUUGAUGAUUCCCUCUAGGUUCGUCAGACUACCAGCACGGUCAACGCAAGCCAUCAACAGCUCAUCACCUUCAAGUGAUUCAUCAAACAAACCAUCUUCAAUCAUCAAGCUGUCAUCCCUAAUCAUCAACAUAAAAACGACCUAGACUGUAAAAUGGCAGGAAAUACUUCUCCCAGCAUCAAGAACUUACCGACGCAUCAUUACUUCGACUCUACUGUGUCACCAUAUGAAAUAGAAUGGAACGCCGUUCAUAGAAAAGCAAUGCCUAUUUCGUCUGAAUUCUCCAAAAUGAAUCCAAGGUCACCUGCUCCCAGACAGAAAUUUGUCCAUUUCGCUCCUAGAGCAGUUGGCGACGAAUCCAUCGAAUUCAAGACAAAUUCAAAUGAUAAAAGACACAAGAACAAUGCCACCGCCAUCAAUGUUACUAAGGAUUCGGGAAGGAAAAAGAUUCCAUCAUCUUCGAAAUCGUUCAAGGCAGGUUCUUCCUGCUAUGACCUCAGCUCGACUCCAAUUCAAGCAUUCAAUCGUCGCAAAACUCAGGAUGAACCCAUUGAUCGACAGUACCAAGUGGAAUUCGGGGCUCAAAUUGACAGUGCUGUUCAAAACCAUCAAUUCAAGCUUAUUGCAGCCAGUACUCAACCUCGAUAUCCUCCCCGUGUCCCAAGUCCUCCCAUGAAGCGAGACCCACCACCCACACCUCGACCUACACGGUUACCUACACCGGAUUUAGAGGAAGAUUGCGAUGAUCAUCUCCACUUCUGUGACUGUCUUGGGUGUUAUGAAGCUGGAAGGCCCCGACGUGUUGUUGGGAGCGAAAGACAAGAAGCAUCGGCGUAUUCAAAAAUGGAAAAUCAAUAUCAAGCAGCCACUGCCUACAUACGCAAUGCGAGACCAGCCAAAAGCCAGCAAAGACAGGACCUUACUUUCGUAUUGACGGAAGAUCUUCGUGUGAGCAAUCUAAUAAGGUUGGGAUAUCCUCGAAACGCUGUCACCAUAGCUUUGGAAGCGUGCAGAUACGAUUUUGAAAAGGCGGUGACUUUCUUGAAAUAUAAUUAUUGAGCCCCCGUAUCUGAAUUUUGAUUCCCUCUCUUAUAUCCAGUUCUUUAAAGCAGAAAAAUGUUCCUGAAUGGCGGAUUUUCUUCGGAAAGGCCCGUACAUGGUGUACUUCGUAUGUUCAAUUCCAAUGUAUAUACGUGUUCAAUAUAAGUUCGAUCUCCUAGCAGUUUUCAGUCGUUCUCGUAAGUAGUGGCUUGUGAUUCAUAUGAGAGCUCGCUUUCGAGAGCAAGAAGUUUCCGCACAAUAAAAUCAUAUCCAAAUAUGCCAGGCGUAUGAACGUAGGAAGCGACAAAGUGAAGCAGAUAAAAGUAUAGCUUUGGAGCGAUAUUUCGUGGAUGAUGACCCUUUUUAUCCUCGUUUUCUUUGAGUGAGAGCUUGUUCCCUUCGGCAUCGACUUCGAACUUGUCAUCCCGUCUGCGGACAAACACAGGCAGCGAAUUUUCAUUUUCGUAAGGGUGGGAAUGCGCCAAAUAGGCAGUGCACCUUGCUCGACAUCGACCUUUCAGAUGAUAGUGUUGUCCGUAAUGCUAUUCACUCGUCCGACCGGGUAUUCGCUCAUUAUAUCAGCCACCGAGAAAAACUUUCAAAGGAAAACAAG